AUGAAGUGAGUUUGUCCUGCAAAUUGAUUACUAAGAAGUGUUACUGUAAAUGACAGUUUCUCCCGUUGAUUAUUUAAAUUGAGCUCCCAAAUUUUAAUAAUCGCGGCUUUGUGGGCACUCCAGGCAGGCAGAUCGUCGAGGGCUUUUUGUGCACGAAAACAUACUUCUCGAGGGGAUUCCCGCACCUUUUCUCAAGAGUCUGAAACUGACGGGCUUAACGAGUAAUUGUUUUAAGUUGUAGCACUUUCUUCCGUCCCGAGACGCUCUCGGUCUGGCUGACAUCUCGUGUCAACGCAGCCAUCAAGGGCAUUUUCUGAGUCCAAGGUGUAAUGUUAUAGUUAGGGAUACAGAGGAAUGGGCCUGGGUGUCAUAACCAAAGAGUUCAUUUUUUAGGUCUAUUGUUUGAAAAUAAAUAUGUUAUUAUUAUAAGGGGUGUACUGUAGAGCUGUUUUUGUUGCUGUAUAUUUUUUAUAAUAUUUUUGCAAACAGUCAAAUGCUUGGCCGGCCAUUUAUGAUUUUUGGCUAUUUUGUUCCGUAUUUUGUCUCCAGGAGUCAAAGUCUGAAGAGCAGGUGUGCCAGACGUGGCGGACAUGCUUUUUAGUGCUCAUUUCAUGCAGGAGGUAUUCAGUUUCAGGCCGCGAUUCCACGGAUGACUUAUCCAUUUUCCCGCGCUCUUUUUUGGUCUUGACCUCGAGCGCUAAGGUCUCUUGGUCUCGGGAAUGUGAAACGGACACAAAUUUUGUUCUGCAACAUCUUUCCGCACACUGAUAUUAUAUUGCCAGUCUUUCGAUCGCCACGUAUUUCUAUGAUGUUUGAGAGGUCAUUUUGAUCUAGGUGGGAGAUAGGAAGAAUUGUGAUGUCAAUCUACAGUAACCCAUAAAAAGUAAUUUCUUUCCAGGUUCGGGCCGCAUGCUCUGGCCAUGAGAGAUUUGACCCUGGGACAACUGAUCAUGUCCUUUGUCAGCAAUAUGGUUUUUACCCUGGAAAUGAACAGAGGUGAGGACUGGGUGAUGUUCAGUCUUAUACUUUGUUUCUCAGUUUCUUGCUGUCCGUUCAGUCCGCAAACAGUCCCUCGAUGCCUUUAUUAUUUAAAGCCAAAGAAAAGUUGCUGGCACCUUUCAUUUCCUUCUUUUCCACUCUCCAGUCCAGUCCUUCUUUAGUCGAAUCCAGUCUAGUCCGGACUGUCUGCUGUUUCUGCACUUUUUCUUUUGUGUUCAGGUUUGUGGAUGUUGCUGUUGGCCGUGUUGUUUGGGCUUGGGCCUAAGCGAGCGAUUGCUUCUUACCAGAAUUUUGUGGGGUUGGCCCGGCAUGCCCAGUCUCCCAUUCUGCCGGAGAAACACCGGAAUCGACAUCAGAGUACGAAUGAGUGGAACAACGAUCACUUGGAACGUCUCCACGAUCCCACCCGACAUCCAGAACGGAGCAAUCUGGAACGCUCACGGGGUAGGAUCUGUAGAAUUUUUAUAAGAUUAGGCUAUAUUAUCCACGUGUGAAUUAGAUAUCGACUCGAUUCCUCUCUGUGUGAAGUGAGCCUGCUUCUUCUAGACCCUUAUUUUUGGUGUGGGUGUAAGGUGAUCUGAUUACAGCUGUUUGGGCGGGUGAUCAUGAGAGAUUGUUGUACGAUCGACUCCAACAUGGAUACAAUGUCUUGGCCAGACCAGUGAAGAACGAGUCAGAAGCUGUGGUCGUUUACCUCGGCAUGGAUCUACAGCAGAUUCUCGAUGUGGACGAGAAAGCCCAGACUAUCACGACGAACGUCUGGCUCAAUAUUGUAGGGGAAAUCUUGAAACUUUUAAAAAUUAUUCGUCACUGUAUUGGAAGCAUCGUUUUCAGAAAUGGCAUGAUGUUUAUUUGACCUGGGAUCCCUCAGAAUACGGGAAUAUAAAGGAGGUUCGCCUUCCCAUAAACAAUAUCUGGAAACCGGAUGUUCUGCUUUACAACUCUGUGGACCAGAGAUUCGAUGCUAUGUGGCCAGUUAAUGCGAUUGUAACUUUCACGGGUAACGUUACUUGGAUUCCACCGGCGAUUGUAAAGUCAACUUGCCGGAUAGAUGUGAGUUUUGCGUAAUAUUACGUCAUGCUACGUCACAGGUGACCUCAUUCCCUUUCGAUGAUCAACAUUGUUCUAUGAAAUUCGGUUCCUGGACAUAUUCGGGAUUCUUCACGGACCUCUACAACUCUACGGUCUCCCUUGACCCCUACACUCCCAAUGGGGAAUGGCAUUUAUUAAGUAAAUUCUUCAAUAAUCCAGUCCAAUAUUGCCUAAACUGGUUGAAAGUAAUACCUUUGUAGGUGCAACUUCCCAUCGGAAUACUAUUUAUUACGAAUGCUGUCCCGAGCCUUACAACGACGUCACUUUCCGGAUCUCUGUCCGUCGGCGAACCUUGUAUUAUGGGAUAAAUCUAGUGAUUCCGUCGAUUCUGAUCUCCUCGUUGGCCCUUCUCGGCUUUGCACUGCCUCCGGAUUCGGGAGAGAAGCUGAAUCUUUGCGUGACUAUCUUCAUGUCCUUGUGUGUUUUCAUGUUGAUGGUAGCAGAGACGAUGCCUCAGACCUCGGAUACCUUACCCUUGAUCGAGGUAUAUUUCACAUGUGUAAUGUUUGAAGUCGGUGCGAGUGUAAUAUGCACGGUGGUCGUCCUCAACUUCCAUCAUCGGAACGCCGAGGCCUACUUUCCAAUGCCGAGAUUAGUAAGUUUAAAAAAUAUAUUUUUAUUAACGUUUUCGUUGCGAGACGCAGUUUUGUCGCUCAUUUUACAAUUAUAUGCAUAUAUGUAGGGUUGUUUGACAGAAUUUUUCAAAAUGACGUUAAUUUGCCGUCAUUUUAGAUGAGUUCAAAGUUCUGAUACACGAAGUUUUGAAGGACGAGUUUAACGUAGACUGUGAUGAAUACCGUUAAUACACUGCUGGAAAAAUUAUAACCGCACUUGAAAAAUUACUGUAGCUCUUUUGCUUGUCAAUAGAAAUGUCUGAUAUAUGGCACCAAUAUACAUUAGGGUGCUACAAAAAAUCUUGUGCCAAAAAAUUAUUUUGUAAAUUUUAAGUUCUCUUUAUGACAAAAUUAUAACCCCACUUACGAAGUUGGUUUAUUAUGAAUAACAUAAUAAAGGAAAAAAGUGCCUUUUUAGCUCACUUACGGUAAAAUAAUGCGAGUGUAAUUCACAAACCAGAAAGCCUCACACGUUCUCUACCAAAGGGACACAUGGGCCCGUCCAGGGUAGCAAUUCCUUGCUGUUGUUGACGACUUAACAACCCCAUAAUAUAACGUCAGGUUUCCCACUAAAUCGAUGUUGCAGAUGAGGAUAGUUCUAUUGGAUUGGUGUGCCUGGAUGCUUCGAAUGAAUCGUCCCAGUCGGGUUCGAGUGGGCGAUUGUGAAGAGGACGAGCCCCAGAAGGAUUUUAUGACCUUUAUCCACAACGACUCCUCCAUGAACAACUCCCAUGUGAUCGUUCCCACAGUCGAGGUGGACUCCCGACUUCUAGUCCACCCUCAGGUUUACAGCAGUAUUCAAAAUGGAUUCGGAAAUGAAUAUAAAAUAUCAACUAACGGAGCCGACUUUCAUAUUGGGAAGUGUCAAAAGAGGAAAGGUGAGGUUGCUAACACCCUAACAGUUCGGUUUAUCGUAAGCCUUUACCAGUAAUCCCUUUGUUUCAAAUAACUGCCAUCAUUUGUUCAGAUGCCGAGAAAAGAAUGGCGCGUCACAAACGGAUGGCGGAGAGUAUCGAGGGAAGAUUUAUGCAGUUCAGAAGUCCAGAUGAAGCCAGGACAAAGCUCUUGUCCACUCCUGUCAGUUUAAUUUCGUAUUUAUAUUAUACGAGACGAGUUUAGAUUGGAAUGGAAUCAGAGACAAUUCAUGUUCCGCACAAGAAGAAAGAACCGGCAACGAGUUUCUUGAGCAAUGACCAGUUCGAGGCGUUAAUGGUGCAUCUGAAGGUCUUAUCCGGGAAGGUUCAGAAAGAGGUAAUCGACAAAGCUAAAGUCAUACUGUUUUAGGAAUAUCUGAACGAGAUCCACGAAGAUUGGAUGUUCGCGGCGAUGGUGGUGGACAGAAUCUGCUUCAUCACCUUCUCGGGGUUUUUGUUUUUAUGCACCGCUCUUAUUGUAUACAGAGCGCCCCACCUGUUUGCCUGA